ACGUAGUAGGACUAGUACUUCCUUCCAUAAUUACACCAGUAAUCUCCAAGAAAAUCAAAAGAAGAGAAAGGAAGAAUGGAGAAUAAUGAGAAGAAAAGAAGUAGGGGACGACAAAAGAUAGCAAUAGAGAAAAUAGCAAACAAGAACAGUUUGCAAGUAACAUUCUCUAAGAGACGAACAGGUCUUUUCAAGAAAGCUAGUCAACUCAGUGCAUUAUGCGGCGCUCAAGUUGCUGUCAUUGUUGAAUCACCAGCCGGUAAAAUCUUUUCAUUCGGUAACCCUUCUGUCGACUCUGUUAUACACCGAUAUGAAACCGGUGAUGUCUGCCGUCAACAAGACGUGUUCAAUGAUAGUUGGAAAAAGUAUUUGGAUUCUAAGGGAGACUUGGAGGAAGCACAAAAGAAGGAAAAGGAAUCAAUGGGGAAAUCUAAUUGGUGGGAAGAUUUGUGUGUGGAGAAUUUAGGGUUACAAGAACUUGAAGAAUGUAUGGCUGCUAUGCAACUUUUGAAGAAGAAUUUAUUGAAAAGAAGUGAUGAUGUGAAUUCUUCUGAUGAUGAUCAUGAUGGUGUUUUGAUUCCCAAUAUGACUUUCAACCAAUUUGGAGCCCUUCCUCUUCAGUACUAUGAUGUUGGAGGACGUUCAAAUUAAACAUUCUAAGGAAUGGGCUGAAUAUACUAGUUUAAGUUGACUUUGGACAAAUUAGUUGAUUAUUUUACUACUAAAUCACUAGUUGGUAAUUUCUUGUUUUUUUUUCUUUUUCUUGAUUUCUACCCAUAUGCUAGUAAUAGUUGGACUGACCAUUACCAGUAAGCAAGUGUUGAUUUUUUGUAGCCACUUAUUGACAGAAAGAAAGCUAAUGAUUAUUAUUCUAAAUUUAGUGGUUUUCUAUUCUUUUCCGGCUUCUUUGUGCCUUUUUGUCCUCGAGUUUGUUCCUGAUGUUGAGCUAAUUUGGGCAUAUAAGAUUUAUUUUUCUU